AGUCGCGGCGAGCGGCGCGGAGCCAGGACUUCCGGGGAGGGGCGUGCGCUCUUCUGCACCCCUUCCCGCCCCUGUACCCAGCCUGGUCGCCCCGGGUUCUGAGGACCAGGUGCCGCCUCCGCGCUGCCUGAGGCCCCGCCAUGGCCCAGCAGAGAGCCCUGCCGCAGAGCAAGGAGACGCUGCUGCAGUCUUAUAACAAGCGGCUCAAGGACGAUGUCAAGUCCAUCAUGGACAACUUCACCGAGAUCAUCAAGACCGCCAAGAUCGAGGACGAGACACAAGUGUCAAGGGCCACUCAGGGCGAGCAGGACAACUAUGAGAUGCACGUUCGAGCUGCCAACAUUGUCCGAGCCGGUGAAUCCCUGAUGAAACUGGUGUCUGACCUCAAGCAGUUCCUCAUCCUCAAUGACUUCCCGUCGGUGAAUGAGGCCAUUGACCAGCGCAACCAGCAGCUGCGAGCCCUGCAGGAGGAGUGUGACAGGAAGCUCAUUGCCCUGCGGGACGAGAUCUCCAUCGACCUGUAUGAGCUGGAGGAGGAGUAUUACUCGUCCAGGUACCGAUAGGGCUGGACCCUGCGCAGAGCACAGCUGGGGGCCCGGGCCCGGCCUGCGGCCCCGAAGGCCCCGUUUUUGCAAACCCUUCCUGGUCUUGGCAGCACAGACACGUGCCGGGGUUUCAGAGCAGAGCUCACGGUCAGAGCGAUUGAUGGACAAUUUACGCCGCCUGCCAGGCCCUGGGCAGCAGGAUGAAAGUCACAGAACUUCAGGGUUUGGGUGGGCCAAGCCCCAGAGCGGAGGGCAGAGCCAGCAUUCGUGCUGGGGCUGUCGACUGCCUCACUCUGGGCCUGUGUGCUUCUCUUAGUUUUUUAGUCAAUAUUUAAACGUUCCAGCCAGGCCUGGGCUAGCUUCUCUUGGCAGCCCAGGCUCAUGCCCCGAAUGUGCAGGAUGCCAGUGCUUGCCUAGGGAUGCGGUUCCAUGUGGGGAUCCCCAAGUCUUCAGCGUGUGUGUCAGGGUCCACGGUGGUGUGGGGGUGGGAAGGAGGAAGAAACCCGAGCAGAGGAUGGCCUUGAGAGCUGGGCCUGGGGUAUCCAGACCACUGAGUUCCUGUUCAGCCCAUCGUGGUUCACGGACCAGAGCCUGCCUACAUGUUAGGCCCAUGCUGGGCCCCAGGGAUACAGCAGUGGGCAAGACCUGUCACCCCAGCCCGCGUGCACCACUUGGAAUCCUGAAACCUGAGUCGUCUGAGCCCAAGGGGUCCUGAGAAAUCAGAGUCCAGGUGUAAUAUACACAGGGGAACUGAAGCUGGAGACGGGGAAGCCUUAUACCUUUGUCCCUGUUAGCUCAGAAAGUCAAGUCUCUGUCCAAACGGAGCGGCGUCCCCCCAUGCCUUUGCCCAGACAAACGUGUCCUUCCUGUGGUGGCUUUUUCAGAUGAUCCUUUCUGCCCCGUGGAGGCCAUGCUGGGGCCACAGAUGCCCAGAGCCAGCAUGGUCUGUGGUCUGGGCCUUGGUUUCCCUGCCCUGUACUCAAAGCCAGCCCUCACUGUCCCUGGCCAUCUUGGCCUCUGUGGGAAGGGACAGUACCACUGUCCAGCCGGAGUGGUUCUAGACUUUUCCAGAGGGUUCUGGGGCCACCUCUCGUCCCUGAUACCCAUUGGCUCAGCAGACAUGGCGGCAAGUGCCUCCUAUACACCAGGCCUUCAGAGAAGGGUCUGGAGUGGGUCCCUGGGGUGGGGGUGCUGUCUGUGUCUCAGACCAUGCCAGGGACAUGGUUCACAGCCCCGUGGAUUUUGCAGAAUCCCUUCAUGUCCCUGUGUUUGUUUCCUGCUGCCCCCAAGGACCAGGCUUGUGGACUGAGUGGUUACAGGACAAUUUAGUCCUGCGUCUCGAAGUUGAGGGCCAGGUUAGGGGUGGUGGUGAGGGACCUGCCCCAAGUCACCUUGACAAGACUGCAGGAAACCCAGGGGCCUGAGUGCCAGGCUUCCUGCGUCCUGCCGUGCCAGUCUGUCUCACCCAGGGGGGUCCUUGCUGUCCCUGGUGCCUUAGGAGGCUGAGUUCCUCCCUCGUCUGUAAAUACCUGUGUAAGGCCAGGGCUCAGUUGAGUCACGGCUGCCGGGCUUUGUGCCCCUCCCCAAAAGCCAACACAGGUUGCCAUGCCCCGCAUGCCGGUGUCCACACUCGCCCGCUCUCUGCUCGUGACUCGCUCUUUCUCUAUCUCUUGCCCUCUGCUGUCCUUGGGAUGCCGCUCUGUGCCCAAACCACUGAAGGCAGAAGAAGCGAGGGAGGGAGGGAGGUUGGGGUCAGAUAGGUGUGGGACCUCUGAGCUCUAGUCACCCCUGGACAGCUGUAGUGAGUCAUACUCCUCACCUGCAUCCUCACUCCGGCCUUCCCGUGCCUGGGCAGGCCAACACUGCUGACCUGUGUUAGAGGCAGGGAGACUUGAGUUCAGGGGGCCUGUGGGCCUGUUGGCCGCACAGCUGGUACAGUGGUGCCGCACAGAACACCAGGGCCCCUGGUUCUGUCGCGAUUCGGGCAGAGUCCCCGCGGGGCAGAGAACCGGAACACAAAAACAAGACGGGGUAUCUGCUCUCGGGGUCCUCACAAAGUGUAGGGACUGUGGAGAGACCAUAGCGAGCUCUGGACAGCUGGAGCCAGGAUAGGAGGCGGCAGCAUGGGCUGGCUCAGCCUUGUGGCUGUCAGUUGGGAAAUACACUUGGUCAGUCAGAGGGACCUGCCAAGGUCACUCCUGCUGGUGGCUGGUCCUGGAAGGGCCCCUCCUGUAGGAUGCUGUGUUGGACCCUGAAGCAAGGGCAGCCCCACACGCACCCCCCCCCCCCCCAUAGCCAGGCCUGUGGAGAGAGGGGCCAGCACAGAGAAGAGGAGGGGAAAGGCAGGUUUGGGGUGUGGUCUGUGUUUUCGUAACUCCGCUUCUAUCUUGCUUCCCUGCCCCCACGCCCCGCCCCGGCUUCCGCCCGUCUCUGCCUGCUCCUGUCUCUCCCUGGGUUUCUGGUGGUGGAAAAGCUCAAGUCUUUGCGAAGCUAAUGACCUGCCCCUGUGCGAAGCGUACUGGAGGCUGGACCUCGACACAGACUCUGCUGAUGGCCUCUCGGCCCCUGUGCUGGCGUCCCCGGAGCCCAGCGCUGGCCCCCUGCAGGCUGCGGCCCCUGCCCACUCCCAUGCCGGCGGCCCUGGCCCCACGGAGCACGCCUGAGCCUCCCAGGGCUCCCCUCCCCACACCCCUAGGUUCUUGGGAAGUCUGGUGUCCCUUCCGGGCUCGCCACAGCUUUGCUCCUUUCAGCCUUGCUUCCCCUUGCGAACUUUAGCCCAGGGACAGCUGCCCCCCUCCCCCCGCCAGGAGUGUUGGGGAAAAGUAGCUCCCCCAACCGUUUCCAAGGUGGCCCAUCUCCCUCCGAGUGGUCACCUCUGUUCACGACCCUCCUGGUCGGCUGGGCAGAGGUUCCUGGACAGUCCUGUUGAGGGCCCGGUAGCGGGGCAGGAUGUCCUGCUCUUUAAAAGCUGCAGGAUGGUGCUCAGAGUGGACACUAUUAGCCAAGUCCAGACUCCCCCUCUCAGGCCAGGCUCUCUGUGCAGAGCUACACCCCUGCCUUGUCCUAAGGGCCCCUGCACUAGGUGACUGUCCCCGCAGGGCUGUGGCGGGGAGAGAGAUGCUGCCUGCUCUCGCCGAAGCCAGGACGGGGACCUUCCUAAUUCUGCCACAUAUGUUCUGGUAAUUUUGUAAUAAGACAGUUGAAUAAAAACAGCACUGCCCUUUUGCA